AGACAUUAGAUAUCGGAAAGAAUGGUGAAGCUGAAAGGACGAAUGAGCGAAGGCGACAUUUCAUUGUUUCUCAGUAGAUCAAGACGGGGUCAUAAACCGCUUCUGGAAACAAGAUCUCUUCCUGUUCGACCGAACCGAGCACCGGACACUGCAGAACCAGUUGCUAAAAUUGUAAAAGAUACAAUUGGUCAGAUUGCUGAGUCCGAAAAAGAGGUAGAGUGGGCUGCUAGAGAGAUGGAAUACAUUAUCAGGAAGGAGAGAAGAGCUAUAGAAGAUUUUGAGAAGAAGACGGGAGGAGAAGGGAAGAGCCGAGGGAUGGGUGUACUCACAAGCUGGAUGAACCUGAAAAGAGAAACGGAUAAAAACCACCAGGCAGCAAAAGAAGAUAUGAAGCGAGCUUCAGUUGCAAUGAAGGCAGCUGAGGAUAAAAUAUCCUCUAUAGAGGAUAGAUUGGAGGAGGAGGAGAGACAGCUUCAAAUACGGGCACGUGCUUUACGCAGGAAGAGCGAAGAUAUUUUCAAGUUUGUUGAUCAUCAUAGAAUCAUGGUUUCAAGAGCUGAGAGCGCAAGGGUGACUAGUGAAGGUGAUGUGAGAUACUGCGAGGUGACUUCAUUAUAAACCUGUAUUUCUACUAGAGCAAAUCUAAACUUCAAUCUAGAUUUUAGCAAAAAUAUAUCACGUUCGGAAGCCAUGAAAUCGUCUAAAACAUAUUAAAAGUUUCCCCUGAAAUGUUUGGAGCAAAUUGUUGUAAAAAUGUGAGAUAUAUUGUGGAGAAAGGAAUGCAAGUAGAAGACUACGUAUGUAGACUCUAGAAACUAGAAGUAUGUAAUAUAUUCAGGGUUUUUUCUUUAAAGUUUCAAACUUCAAUUUUUUUAUUUCCAAAUCUAAACACCCUUUACACACAGGGUUACCCACAAAGGAUGAAACUUCGGAAACAACUGUACAUGCACUAUCUGUUUUCUUUAUAUUAAUGAUUCCCAGCAACUGUAAACUUGUUUCUUCUUUUUCAUAAUCAUUGAAUAAA